AUGCAUACAGUUUUUCGAAUUGGUGAAAUUCGAAAACUUGACAAGGAAAGUCCACUUUACCAAGUGGACCUCAAACUUACGUCCGAUGAUGACCAGCAACUUCGUCGGUUAACUGACUGUAUACGAGAAGAAGUCGACGACAGUGGAUGGUAUCGAAUGGGUAAAUUGCUGCUCAAAAUUGGUCAAUUUGACAAGGCCGAAGAAUUAUACACAGCACUACUAGAACAGACAUCCAACGACAGUGAUAAAGCACAUAUCUAUCACCAGCUCGGAUGGGUGAAACAAGACCAAGGACAAUACAAAGAAGCAGCUUCAUUUUUCGAAAUGUCUCUCGAAAUCUAUCGAAAAACUCUUCCAGAAGAUCACCCUUCAUUAGCUAAUACCUACAACAACAUCGGUCUCAUGUAUAACAACAUGGGUGACUACUCUAAAGCAGUAGAAUUCUACAAAAAAACAAUUAAAAUAAAAGAAAAAGCUUUAUCUCCUGAUGACCCGGAUUUGGCUCUGUCCUACAACAACAUCGGUGGAGUAUAUAACAAAAUGGGUGACUACUCGAAAGCACUUAAAUUUUACGAAAAAGAUCUCGAAAUCACGAAAAAAGCUCUACCUUCGAAUCAUCCCGAUUUGGCUCGAUCCUACAACAAUAUCGGUGGAGUGUAUAAGAACAUGGGUGACUACUCGAAAGCACUUGAAUUUUACGAAAAAUCACUUAAAAUAAGAGAAAAAGCUCUGCCCUCGAAUCAUCCCCAUUUGGCUAUGUCCUACAACAACAUCGGUGCAGUGUAUAACAACAUGGGUGACUACUCGAAAGCACUUGAAUUUUACGAAAAAUCACAUAAAAUCCUCGAAAAAGCUCUGCCUCCGAAUCAUCCCAAUUUGGCUAGUUCCUACAGCAACAUCGGUCUCGUGUAUGACAACAUGGGUGACUACUCGAAAGCACUUGAAUUUUACGAAAAAGAUCUCGAAAUCACGAAAAAAGCUCUGCCUCCGAAUCAUCCCUCAUUAGCUACUUCCUACAAUAACAUUGGUUUGGCGUAUUCCGGCAAAGGAGACUACUCAAAAGCACUCUCAUUCGUAGAAAAGGCACUUUCUAUCUUGCAAAAAUCACUUCCACCUAAUCAUCCUAAUAUUAAAACAGUUACAAACUCAAUUGACAAUGUAAAAAAGAAAAUGUAA